AUGCCCUCCAACACUUUCGCUACCUCAGGACGUGAUCUCGUCGGACACCGAAUCGACAAUGGUCGACUUGAAUUCCUCUCGACCCUUGGUGUUGGUGCCUAUGGUGUAGUCUACCUCGCUGUAGAUUUACAUGCUCCUCGACCGGUUUACCUUGCUGUCAAAUGCCUCCUCCGAGCUGGAUUGGAUUCCAGACAACGUCAUUUCCAGAGAAGAGAAAUCGCUUUACAUCAAUUAGCCUCGAGGCAUCCCAACGUAGUCACCUUGCAUAAGGUGUUGGAAGAAGGUGAAUUCAUUUUUGUGAUCAUGGAUUUCUGCGACGAGGGUGAUUUGUUUGGAAUGAUCACCGAAAAACAACGGUACCUCGGCAAUGAUUACUUGAUCAAAAAGAUCUUCUUACAAAUCAUCGACGCCGUAGAUUACUGUCACCGAAUGGGAAUAUUCCAUCGGGAUCUUAAACCUGAAAACAUCCUGUGUACCCAGAACGGCGAAAGGAUAUGUAUCGCCGAUUUCGGAUUAGCCACUUCCGAGAGGCAUUCGACGGAUUUCGGCUGUGGAUCGACCUUCUACUUAUCGCCAGAAUGCCAAGGUGGCUUAUUCGAAAGAUUAGAAUCUUAUUCUACUGAGACUAACGAUAUUUGGUCAUUAGGUGUGAUACUGGUGAACUUGACUUGUGGUAGAAAUCCAUGGAGACAGGCUUGCCCAAAUGACGAAACUUUCCGAGCAUACGUGCAUAAUCCAGAUUUCCUCCGAACCAUCUUACCCAUAUCGAAAGCUACCAAUCGGAUCCUCAAAGGACUCUUCGCUUUAGAACCCAGAGAUAGAACACCCCUCAAAGUACUUAGAGAACAGAUAUUGCGAGUGGAGAUAUUCUCAAUGACUGACGACGAGCUGAAGACUGCUCAUUCGGCUGCUCGAGCUGCUGCUGCUGCUGUCCGACAAGUCGCUCCUGCUCCUGCUCCACCCGUACAUGUCGCCCCUCCUGCUGCUCCAGUCAAGACUUCCCCUCGAGUGGCCGUUCCGGUCACGAUCGACGAAGAUGCAGAAUUGGACGAAUUCGCCCAUCAACAUGCUCAGAGGAAACAUUGUGCCAAUGCACCAAGAUACAACAACCGCGGAGAGCCAGAAGAAGCUGCCACUUUAUCAUCUUGGUCUUCCGGUUCAUCAACCUACGCUACUUUAUCUCAAGCGCAAAUUGAUAAACACGUAUUUGCUCAAAUUGAUUUCUCUAAAGUAAAUGUCGUUGGCGUCAACGCCACUGCAAAUUCGUCAUUGGAAUCUACCGAAACACCAGCAUUGAUAGCAGGAGAAGUACAGGAUCCUUUGGAUAUAUACCGUACGAGUCCUCGAUCAUCUUCAUCUGGUGAUAUCUCAUUGCCUCCCACACCCGAGUUCUCACCUGUUGAUAAUACCUCUACUCGCCCAAGACCGAUCAAUACCAAAGGUAAUCAACAGCUCACUAGGCCCGACCUAUUACAUGUCAACAUGAAUCCUCAAAGUCCAUUGAGUGGUGAAUUCAUCCUUUAA